ACAGCUGAUAUCCUAGCUAUUUACGCUUUUUGACAAGCUGAGUAAAAAUCUUUAUUGUUAUAAACUAUUUACGAUUUAUUUAAUUAUUAAUAUAUUUUGUGAUUUUUUUGUGUUUUACUCAAUGAAGCCCAACAAAGAUGGAUUAUCUAGUCAAAAUAAAAAAGAGGAAAUUCAGCCAUGGAAACCAGAGAAAGAAGUUCAACUUUUUUAUGCAUUAGGUGGACGAAGACCUGUUGGUAUAAAUAGGUUUUUCCAGAUGAUCUUUGUACAGGAAGAAUUUAACCGAUUAACUGGUCAGGAAGUUACCUCUGAAGUUAUUUGGAAAUAUCUCGACACAAUUUAUGAUAUGGAUGUUUUAAAUGAAAACGAAGAUCUGCCUUUUAGCAAUAAACAAAGUGAUUUUGUAUUACCACAUGACUAUCAAAUACCAUCUAUUCCAUUGUCACUGCCAGCGACACCAGCCACUCCGACAAAGUCUCCGAAUAAAUCAACCAAAAGCUGAUAAAUAUUUUCACCAUGCUAUUUGAACCUCAACAAAGUGAACCAUGACUUGCUAGAUUCCAAUUGGCUAGUUGAAAAUGGAUAGCGAUUAAGAA